CCGGGAUCGUCUGAUGCAUGGUCCGAGAGGGCAAGUUCUGGGCGCCAUAUCCGGGAUGGCUCGAUGGCUCGAUGGCUGCCCCUCUUUGGCGGGGCUUCCUUGACAGCUCUCUCGUGACCGACCUGAUCGAGGUGCCCCCCUCCUCCAGUGAGCGUUCGAGACACAAAACGGCUUGUAUCCCUUCGAGAAACGUUGGGCACACAUUCCCAAUUUCUCACUCUUCCAUCGUACCUAUCCCAAGCUCGGUUCUUUUUGUCUACAUUCAAACAACUUCAGUCCGUUUUUCUACUGAACCAACACAGUAAAGACCAAUUUGCACUUCACUUACACCUCGCAUCAUCUCGAGGACAAGACGUCACCAGACCACCGUCCCCCUCGAAAUCACAAUACAGGUUGCCAAAGAUGGCUAGUAAGACGUCCGCAGUGGCAGAUGAGCCAAUUGAGGUGCUCUUUGCCCUGCAUCCCAAGUUCAACCUCAUGGACUUUGCAGGGCCCGUCGAAGUCCUGACUUCCUGCCUGCACGAUUCGAAGGAUCCUACCUCCAAGGCCUUCGAAGUCACCAUUGCUGCCGGCGAGCCCCAGGUGCUCUCCCAGCAGGGCGUCAUCAUUGGCUCCCAGGCCACCUGGAAGGAAGCUCACGAGCGCCUCAACGACUUCGAUGUCCUCGUCGUUAUCGGCGGCAACACGGACGAGGUUAUAAAGGAGAAGGCUGAGCCCCUCGACCUCAUCGCUGCUUAUGCGGAGCUCCAGAAAAAUGACCCGAGCCGCGAGCGCACACUGCUUUCCAUCUGCACGGGAUCCCAUUUCCUGGCUUAUCAGGGCAUCCUCUCUGGCCUCGGUGCCACCACUCACCCGGACGAGAUCACCAAGUUUGAGAACUUGUGCAGCCAUGCAGUUGUCCGCCUCCUAGGCGAGCAUACUGACGUCAUGGAGGAGGCCCGCUAUGUCGUGAACAACCUGCGCUUCGAGCUCGGAGACGAGGAUGAGAACCCUUACAUCCGGCGCAAGUCGGACAGUGGUAGGCGUCCGUCUAACGCUCGGAAGGGCUCGAUGUCAUUCAAGGGCGCGUCGCGUAGGGAGUCGAUUGCCCGCCGCGCCGCGAUGCGCCUAGGUGGCCUCCGUGUCAUCACGAGCGGCGGCGUGGCGGCCGGAAUGGAUGCGACUCUGUAUCUGGCUAGCAUCCUGGUGUCGGAGGAUUCCGCGAACGAGGUCGCCCGUGUCAUGCAGCUGACCUGGACCAAGGGCGUCGUUGUGGACGGUCUUGAUGUGUAAAUUUUAGCGUGGCGUUAAGCUCGCGACAAGGUGUCGUGUAGCGGUUGAAAUUGGCAGCGAUUCGGUUAGAAAUCAGGAACAUUGACGGUCAACGGUCAUAACUUGAGGUGCCUGUCAUUGGGAAUUCUGCUCAUGUGACAUUCUACCCAGUGGUGUAAA